AAUAAAGUAUAUAAUUGAUUGUUUUUUCUAUGUUUAAUAUAGCAAGAAGAUUGCAAAAUUUUUUGAAAAUUUGUGUCGAAAAAAAAUCCCUAGAUCGCGUUUCUUGGCCUGACGGUUGUAAACGUCACGGAUUUCAUCAGCAAAACGCGCCUUUUGGAUUCAACGCUUGUUAGAAAUGGCGUCCGAAGGUAGCGGUGUUACUACUGGCCAGCCAAAUUUACAUAAACAAGACUUAUCAAAGCUCGAUGUGAGCAAAUUAACGGCCCUCUCACCGGAGGUAAUCAGCCGACAAGCGACAAUUAAUAUUGGCACAAUUGGCCAUGUAGCUCACGGCAAGUCCACAGUGGUGAAAGCCAUCUCCGGCGUCCAGACUGUACGCUUCAAGAACGAACUGGAGAGAAACAUCACCAUCAAACUGGAACGGUUGAAGUUUGAUGUGAACGGAAGAGUUAUAUUGCCACAGGAGCUCACAUCUCAAGGGAUUACAUCGUCCGCCAGAGUAGUAAGAAAGAACAAGCGGCGGCAACAGUAUUACCCGCAUCGGACGCGCGGCGUUACAUUCGAUGAUUAUUUGGUGAACAAACAACGCAAACGUAAACGGACAAGUAAAGAAAAUUAUCCCGAACGUGCGGAGAAACAGCCACGUAUUGAGAACGCUUCAGGGAUAAAAUUACGAUCACAAUGUCCACCCAAUGAACAAAUUGUAAACCAUAGCAUAAAUGAUAGCAAUCAAUCUCUAUCCGACAAAUCUCUGAGCGAAAAAGAGACGCAAACCGAUUUAAUGGAGGGAAUCAAGACGGAAAAGUUCGAAUUUGAAAUUCACAGAUGCCUGAAAGAAAUGAUUAAUUUACCGAUUGGGUAUUUUAUGAAUCAGCAAACGAAUGAACGCCAUACAGAUCUGAAACAAAUGGUGCUGCGUGAGAGGGAUACGAAUAUUACAUCACCGACUCAGUGGUAUCCAGAGUCAAUUUACAAAUUAAGUAGACGCAAGUUAUCGAAACAAAAGAAUGAUUAUUGUCUGACUGACGAUGAAAGUGAGGACGAGUCUAUGCCAAGUAAAGAUACGCCUAAGAAGCGGACUUUAAGAAUCAGCGAGAACAACAAAGAGAACGUACAGAAAGAAAAUCAAAAAAAUCAACCUGAAAAAUUGCGCGAGCGUAGAACUAUUGGUGUAUUGUCAGAAAUUGAAAAUCAGAAGGAAGGGCCACGUCCCCGUCGGUCUUGCUCUGCGAAUAUUGAUUACAAAAAAACUAGAUUAAUGUAUCCACAGGAAUCGCAAGUUUUGCAUAAGCAAUCUAAACCAAAACAAAAACCGCUGGGAACAAAGAAUAUUUUUGUCAAUGAUAAAAUUGAAGAUCUGACAUUAAUCGACACCGAGGUGAUUACGAGCAAGUUACAUUUGAAUAUCGGUAGUUCUAUGGAAAAGAUGUGGAACAACAUUGAGAAUAAUGUAUACACCGUCAAUGAAACCACCGAGUUAACUCAGAAGUUCAACGGUGUAGAAUUAUGCAUUUUGUUGCAUUCUCGUAAGACUGAUGACACGGUAAUACCCAAUCCAGUGGCAAAAGCAUUCUACGAAGUGGAGGCUAUCGUUGGUAUCCGCAUGACGUUCAAUAGCGAAGAAUACCUCGUCAAAUGGGUGGGUUAUCCUUCUGAGAGUAACACAUGGGAGCCGUAUUCUCAUCUCACUGGUAGUUCGGAGGCAUUGUCGGAGUUUUUUGAUUUGGUUCUGGAGCAUAUUGCAUGGGAUGCGCUUGUUGUCAAGUUUGGCUUGAAUGCUGAUAUACCAGACGCGACACUCUCGCAAUUAUUACCACCGGGUGGUUUUGCAAAGCUUGAGAGUAACAAAACUCACAUACAGCGUCAGUUGAUGUUAUACUAUGCAAAACAACCGAAGUCCACGAAGAUCAAGAUGCUACAUCAUGCGAUGUCUAUAUCUCUACACUACGAGUUGAUUCUGCGCCGGAAACGACAGCAGAGAAUGAUUAAAAACUUUGAGGCGAAUAUAAACAAUUCGCGUGGUAAUAAUAUGUGGAUAAAAGUGCAGAAUGAUGUUGAUUUGACAACGCCUCCUGCGGAUUUUAUCUACGUGACUGAUUAUGUUAUGUCGGAGGAUAUAAAUGUUGACACUCAACAACCGCCUGGUUGUAGUUGUGUGGAUUUGUGUCCGCAGGGUAAAGGACGCGGAUGUUGCAGUAAACGCGAGAAUAAUGUAUUUGCUUACACGCUUGCAAGGCGUAUUCGAAUAGCGCAAGGAUUUCCUAUCUAUGAAUGCAACAAGUCGUGCAAAUGCUCAAUGAAGUGCCGCAACCGUGUUGUACAACAUGGCUGCCAGGUGAAGUUGGCGAUUUUUCGCACUUCGAAUGAAUGCGGCUGGGGUGUUAAGGCGCUGCAGAGCAUCAGAAAAGGAGAAUUUGUUUGCCAAUACGUCGGUGAAGUAAUCACGCAUGAAGAGGCCGAAGCACGUGGGCAAGUUUACGACAGUAAUGGAAUGACGUAUCUCUUUGAUUUGGAUUUUGACUCGCCUGAUAAUUUGUACACUGUGGAUGCUGCCAUCUAUGGCAAUGUGUCGCACUUCAUCAAUCACUCUUGUGAUCCGAAUCUGGGCGUCUGGGCCGUGUGGAUUGAUUGCAUGGAUCGCAAUCUUCCGAAUUUGGCAUUGUUUGCACUGCGGGAUAUCAAGAAGAAUGAAGAGUUGACUUUUGACUAUAUGUGUGACAACGGUGGCGGUAAUAAACAUUCGCCGGUCGCUUCGCCGGAGAAUAAAUCCAAAGUGCCGCACAAAGCGCUUUGUCGAUGCAACUCGUACAACUGCCGGCGAACUCUCUUUUAGUUCAUCAAUUUUAUCUAUUAACUAUCAACUUGCAGUUUAUAUUUUUAUAUGGAACGUAUUUCUAGAUUUAGAUAGUUUUUGUAAUACCAUUCUUGUUACUAAGUACUGAAUAUUAAACAAUUCGCAGACA